UUAGAAUUACAUUGUGGUGGCUAGUACUGAUCAAGAGUACUAGUAUGUAUAAUGUAGUACAAAUAUAAUUUUUGUGAUGUAGUAAGUACUUACAGCACUUCUUUACUGGAGAAGAAAAAUCCAACUUCACACUUAGUGUCUUAUAUUCCUAUUGAUAGUUUAGUUGUGUUCUUCCUGCCAUUAUAUUUUAAAAAUCAUAGACUUAUAUAAGUACAAAAUCAUUUGUACAUUCAUAGUAGCAGAAAUUUCUCAUACACAUUCAUCCCUUGAUGAAUAUUGACAAACACAUCCUCAGUCCCUACAUAGAAUGAUAUAGUAUUAAGGAAAAACAAAUAUUUCAUUGAAUUUAUCAGCAUACUAUCUAAGAUGUAGUAAAUUUAUGAGUAAUUUUUACCUUUUUUCUGGCAAAAACCUAAUGGAUUUUUUUCCUUCCUUUAUAAUAAGUCCUUUCUUCUUGUGUAAAAGACACAGGGAAAAAAUUUUUAGAGACUAUGAGGCAAAAUGGGUUUACAUAACCAAAGGAUCUGAGGACGGGUUUCCAAAGGAUAUCAUUUUCAAGGAUGAAACUAAUAUAAAAGAAGAAUUUACCCAUUGGAAACAUGAUAUUUAUUCUUCUGUUGAUCUUAAAAAAGCUAGUGGACAGAUAAAAAAUGUUUCUCCUGUUAUCUAUGGAUUAAAAACAAAAGAUAUUGGCAGGAAAUCAAAAAAAUCAAGUUACCUCUUUCAAGAAGGUCAGAAGGAGUCUGGAGAUGAAAAUGAAGAUGAAGUACUGGAUACCAAUUUUAGGAUAUCAGCAUCCAAACUACCUUUAUAUACUUCAGGUUUAUUGAAGUAUGAUGCAAUAUUAAAACAGAAAAAACAAGAUUAUUUUCCUGAACAUGCCCAUCUAUUUCCUACCACCCAUCCAAAACCAAUAAUUAAAAAAGGCACACUACCUGAGACAAAUUUAAGACAGUUUUUUACAACACAGAGAGCCGGUAUAAAACUCCAAACCCUUAAAGAUAUUGACAAAUAUUAUGCUGAACAAAAGAAGCAGGAUCUCCAUCAAGAAAAAAUAACAGCUGUAUCCAGGGCACAAGUUGACAAAAAAAGAGUUGGCUUAACUGUUCAUGAAAGCAUAAAUAAGAAAAAAAUUGCUAUAAAAAAACUAAUUGAAAAAGAUCAUAACACUAUUCAGAAAAGUUUACAGCAACUUUGGCAAGACAAAUUAAAAUACCUUAUGAAAGUUAAAGAGAGAAGAACUCUGUUUCUAGAAGGAAAAAACCAAAAGGCUGAAGAACAUUUAAUAGUUCAAACCCUAAAUAAUGAGCGUACUAUUCUGACCAAAGGAAUGAUUAAAAUUGACAGACUGAAGAGGAAUGAUGCUAUCCUAAGACAAAAAUGGCUGAGUGUUCAGAAAAAAAUAGAAGAAGAAAAAUACCAAAAGAAUUUACUCAACCAAAUGAAGGAACAUAGGGCUCAAGAAAUAUACAGAAAACACUGUGCAGAAAAGUUUGUUAUGGAUAUGCUUACUUUUCAAAAAGAUGUUGAGAGAUAUCAAGAAGCUAAAUCUAGAGUUGCACUUGUGAAAACAAAUUUUGUCUUUAAUAUUCCCAAUGGAAUGUCAAAAUGAACCAAUGGCAGAUCACAUUCUAUGAUCAUCUUAAGUUUAGUCCAUUACUUUUACCUAAUGGACUUUGAAAUGAUACUCUGAAAGAAAUGCUCUGUGUCACAAGAUGGAUUUAUAUGUAAAUCUUUUAAAAAUAUAAAGAAUAGAGUGUUUCUUGUAUUGAUCAUAAUUUAAAUCAAGUUGACUUAGCAGCACUAAAAGUUUUCUUAUAUAUCCAGAUUCCCAAGGAACAAUUAAAACAGAUUUUCAUUACUACAGGCAAUAUUGAAAAGAUGCUGUAUAUAUUCUCUUUUAUAUUCUUUCUGAGUGUAGCAAUAUGUAAGGUAUUUUCAGUUUCUCUGGCAAGGUGGUUAGCAUAGUAAUUUUUGCCCCUACUGCUGACUUUUAUUAAGAUAUUGCUUAUUUGACUUCUUUCAUUACUUAAUUUCAUACAUUUAACUAUAUUUCCUGUUUAUUUUAUUAAAACAAUUUCUGGAUUUAUUUUUUUCAAAGUAGGGUUUUCAGCAUUGUAUCAGUGAUUCGUACUUUCAUAAAUAUUUAGAAAAUAUAAAUGAUGUAAAGUAAAUAAUCUUAUUGCCUUUUUUGGAGGUUGUAAGAUUUUGGUGUACUUUUGAUGUGUUUGACUUUUUUUUGCAUAUAUGUGGAGGCAUGGAAGAGAAAUAAAGGUAGAAAGAGAAACAGGAAAGAAUACAUAUAAUUAAGUAAUUGAGAUCAUAAAGUACGUAGAAUGACAUAAAUUAAUUUUAAGUCUGCUUAAUACUGAUGGUAGAAAACUAGAAAAACAUUAAAAAUAUAAAAAUCCUUUUUAAAAUUUUUAUCAAUUUUUAAUGUGUUUUCACUUAUCUAAGGAAGAUAAAUACACCACUAUAAUUGUGACAUCACUCAUUACAAUAUAAGUAAUAACACUCAGAAUUUCUGUUUUAUAUUAAUCAGUUAGAUACAUAUAUUUUAAGCCUGCAUAGCUUUAAAAAUUCUCUAAUUUUAUCAAUUUCCAGAGCUUAUUCAUUCAUGCUUCUAUGCUGGACUGCUAUCAAAUGCUGGUAGUAUUUUCUUAAUUUUCAGUAAAAUAACAAGUGUCUAUUUA